ACAUAAGGAAACUUAUUUUGUCAUUUUCCUCCUUUCUCAGUUCCUCUCCCUUGGGCAAAAAGUAAGGUAAACAAGCAGCAUCAAUGUCAGAAUGAGAAGACAACAUGGAAAAAACAAGAGAAAAAGGAAGACAAUAUGGAAGGCAAAAUGCUUCUUCACCACUUCCCUUUACAAAUUUUAACCUUACCAUUCCUUGUACUUGGAGGUUCGGAUAUUCAUCUAGUGAUUCCUCCCCUCCGUCGCCGGAUUCCGGCGAGACAGUUACCGGGACACCGGCUAAAGCUUCAUCGUGGUUGUUCGGAGCUAGUUUCGCUUCAACUGCAGCUUCAACUGAUACCUCUACUAUGACUUGGUUUUCGAAUGCGAGCUCAUCAACAGUGAUUUCUUCAUCUUUAGGAUCGACUACACGCAAUUGUUUUUCGGAUUCACUAUCAUCAGUCACUUCACCGUCUUCGGUUUCGGCAAUUACUACUACAGUAACAGCAACGUCUUCUCUCUAUGAAAAAGCAUCUGUAUCAACUUCUUCACAACCACAAUCAACCGUCUCUGCACCGGAAUUUGUAACUGUCCCUGCUAGUUGUUCCCCCGAGCAGGACGAGGUUGCUGCAAUUUUGGCAAGACAAUGUGAGAAGCUUCUGUCCUGCCAAGCUGCUAGGCAAGCUCAAGGCAGAGGAGAAAAUGAAAAGCAUGUUUCAAUCACUCAGCCUAGCGACUGUGGAGCAAUGGGAUUUGAAACUACAAGCUCAAGCAGGCCAGUCGGUGAUGCUGCUCAUAUACCAGCUGGUACUGCUGAACAGAAAUAUGGGGAGUCCAAGCCGUGCAGUGUUCCCAUUACCGGUGCCCCUUCAACCUCCACUCCUUCAGCCCCGUUGGACUCAAAGUCAGGCAGCUCAUUCCAUCCCAGCUUGCAGCCUUUUGAGGAGGAGCAACCUUACCUUCCAUCUGUCGAUCUUCUGGACUCAACAAUGGAAAUGUGGGAACGGGUUGUCGCGAAUAAGAAGACGGAUCAAGAGGUCACUGAAGAGGGGCUUCGUCACUUCUACGAGGGCAUAAACUAUUAUUGUCUUCUGUCAGAACGCCUUCAAGUAGUCACUGACAAGUAUAACGAGGCGGCAGAAGCGAAGGAUGACAUGGAAAAGAUGAACUCCUCUUUGAAAGAUAAGUUGGCAAAAGUCAGUCGGAAGCUCGAGGACUCUAAGAAGGAGAAGGAGAGUCUGGAGCAUGAGUUGGCUGGGGCUGCAAACAAGAUAACUAGUCUAACUGGUGAGAAGGAGUGCAUGUUGCUGGCCCAGACGAUCCUUCACCGGACUAUCUCCGAGCUGAGAGGGGAACUGGAGGAGGCUGGUCCUGCUGCUAUCCAGAAAUACAAGGCUUCUUCCUUGUACAGACAGGAACUCAUGGAGUAUGCUGCUCCUUACAUGGGAAAAGGGGUGAAGCUGGCCAUAUCGAAGAUCAAGGCUAAAGAUCCCACGUUUGACCCCGAGACCUACGGCCUUGAGAUGUACAUUCUCCCUCCUGAAGCUGAUGACCAAGAAUUCUCAUCGGAGGAAAGUGACAGUGGGGUGCCACUCACAAGUAGAAUGAGGUGAGGCCAAGUGCUCCAGAUUGAGAUAUGGCUGAAGGAGCAAGUUUUAUGAGAUUUUGGUUAUAAAUGUGUCGACUUAAGUGCCGUAGAGCGAAAGGAUUCCCGGAGCUUAGUGUGAAGCUCUUUCUGAUUUACCUAUGCUUAUGCCAAUGCAACUUUUGUGGCUACUCUUAUCUCUGAACUACUACUGUGUUUUGCUGCUCCAUGGAUGUUUUUGGUGGUGUUAAUAGAGUAUGUAUGAAUGUGCUAAGUGAUAACAUCAGAUCUCUGCAGUAGAUGUAUUAAGUGUUACUUUUAUCUGUG